CAACAAACAACCCAUCUUUCUUUGUCCGAGUCUGCUGCAACCAUGUCAGUCAUCGAAAAUAUCUACAAACCGUGCCGCCGUCCUGAUCCUGAAGAAGCACCCGCUCAUAUAAAAGUGGCUUCCAAGGAUUAUCCUAAGGGAAAGGCACUCCCAGAAAAUCUCAAACUUGAUCGUGAACGUCUAAAGGACUUCUCAUAUGACAAGCCUUACAAGUUAUUCUAUGGGUUCGGAGUAAACCUUCAGGACUUCAUUGAGUAUCACCAGAAGCACAAUCUUCCCAAACCACCUCCUACCACUAAGCUAUCAAUUGUGAGACAGUGUAUGGUACACCAAGUGCUGGAAGACCUACAGAAGCAUUGUGACUUUGACUGGUUCGAACUGCACUUGGCCAUGGCAGUGGAAUACAAGUACAUAUUGGUCAUCUAUGAUUCUUACACCUUUGACCGUGCAGAAAUGGAAGAUGCCAUUGAACAAGAAAUUUACGAGGUCUUGAGGGACAGAAUGGAGGUCUGUAAGAACCAAGAACCGCGGUGGUUCCGUACCUUCUACGAUAUCUAUCAUUAGCAUUCAAACUUCACUGGUUCUAAAUAUUUUGACCAUGUUAUUAUCAAUGUUAUGUAUAUUGUCUCGAUUGCUUAUUCCCCUCUGAUCUAUUUUCACUGAACAUUUGUUAC